ACCGUCCAAUCAAACGCAUCCAUCUCCUCCCUUGGCUAGCUUACCCCAAAAUUGACGCUCGUUUCUGUCCUCCAGUUUAUCGAUUCGAGAAUCUGAAACAGAAUGAAGCAAUUGCAGGGAGGGGGAAAAAAAGCAAUCACUAUUAGACAAUUAAAAGCAAGGAACCGGAUCGAUAUGGUGACCUCCAGUUUCUUCAUCUUUCUGGUGGUCGUGAUUAUCGUUUCCUGUCUCUUGUUGCAUAAGCUAUAGAGAGUAGCGCGCACGAAAGAAACGAACUCUCUGUGUCAAAUCAAUUAAUUAAAUUAAUCCCUAGCUCGCUCCGAUGGCCGCUGCCGCGGUUUGUAGGCGUCUCGGGAAGCUUGGGUUUGGGAACAACAAUGCCUCCACCAUCAGAAGAGGAUUCAGUUCUGCUCACAGCCAUGGUUUUCCUCUGGAUAGGAACCUGCUCAAUCCCGUCCGCGGUUGCAGGGGAAAUUCCGACCUUGUUAAGGAAACCGGAAAUCACGUCUUCCUCGUCGACACUUUAGCCCUCGCGCGGAGGUUGGAGGCGAGAGGGCUGCCGUUGGACCAGGCAGAGGCGAUCACCGCUGUAAUCACUGAAGUUUUGAACGAUAGCUUGGAAAAUGUGGCCCAAUCAGUCGUAUCCAAGACCGAGAUGGAGAAGAAUGAGAUGAUACAAGAGACCAACCUGUGCAAGUUCAAAUCCGAGAUCCAAAGCAAGCAGGAGCAUCAUUUCUCAUUGUUACAACGCGAGGCGGAGAAGAUGGAGAAUGUGAUUGACAAGACUGCCGAGAAGAUGCAGAAUGAUAUUGACAAGACCCGUACUGACCUCAGGCAUGAAAUAGACAAGGUCAAUGCCGGGCAAAGAUUGGAUUGGAACCUCGAGAAAGGGAGGAUAAGAGACGAGUUAACUCAGCAAAAAGCCGACACCACUCACCUGGAGAACAAACUCGAUAGAGAGACGCAUGCUUUAAGGGCCCAACUGGAAGCAGCAAAGUAUGAUGUUACCAAGUACUUCGUUGCUACUUCCUUCUCCCUUUGUGCGGUUGGCCUUGCUGUGGUUCGCAUCUUCUUGUAGGAAGGCGUCGAAAAUGAAGACAUUACCUCUGAGUAGCUAUCAAUGGCUCUCUUUUGUACAUAUGAUCAGUUUUCGUAAUAUGUUUAUGUAAAAUCAUGACCUAGCUACUCAAUAUUUCUGGUUUUGAUUGCCAACAAAAAAAAGGUAUUGUAUUAAU